AUAAAUGUUAUCUCUAUUUUGGCCUUACAAGACUUAAUUUCCAUCGUCCAUUUACCCAAGUUCGGUGUUUGUGAGGGAUUUGAGGGUUUAAAUCUGUUGAAUUCACAUGUACACCGGGGAAGUCGGCAGUUGACAGCACCGUGAAGUGUUUGCUCGUCUACUUCACAAUGACUGUGCAUAACCUGUACAUAUUCGACCGAAAUGGAAAGUGCCUGUAUUACAACGAGUGGAACCGAAAGAAGCAAGCUGGUAUCUCAAAGGAGGAGGAGUACAAGCUGAUGUACGGCAUGCUGUUCUCCAUCCGCUCCUUCGUUAGUAAAAUGUCUCCUUUGGACUCGAAGGAGGGCUUCCAGUCCUUCCAGACCAGCCGCUAUCGUCUUCACUACUUCGAGACCCCCAGUGGACUGAAAUUUGUCAUGAACACAGACCUUUCCGUGAGCAACGCCCGGGAUGCGCUGCAGCACAUCUACAGCAACCUGUAUGUGGAGAACAUCGUCAAGAACCCGACGUGCAUUCUGGGUAACUCGUUGGACAGUGAUCUCUUCAGCACACGACUGGACGCCUUCAUCAGAGCUCUGCCAUAUUACAACCCACGCACCACUUGACACGUUUUUUUUUCUCCUCAUUUUGAUGGUUUUGAAGGAGCUGGUUAUUUCAGUUAAACAUAAAAGUGUUGCAAUACUCA